AACCAUUGACCGUGUAACGUAUUUAGAUUUAGUUUUGAACUCGUGGUUAGAAACGUCAUUACGCCAUUAAGGAAGGCUGCUGCGAAAUUAACGUAUUCUGAAAAGAGGUGCUUAGCUUCUUGGCAUUCUUUUGUGAUUUAUUUUAAUAGUUUUGUUUGCAGAUUUAUCACAUGCAAGGAAUGAGGCUCAAGUUUGGAGAUCACAGGAACGACUGGAAGUGUUGUUUCUGCUGUCAUGUAAGGACUGGGACCAUAUUCUUAGGAAUAUGGCAUCUUAUGAUCCAUUUACUGGCAUUGUCAGUAAUAGCAGUGGUGCUUCGUCACUCUGAAAUGGUAGAUGACUUGAUGAUGGGCCCUGUAUUGCCAACACCUCUGAGUGAGGUGGAGGAACCCGUUGUGGAGAUUAUAAGUCCAAAUCUUGAGCUAAGCCUGGAACCUCAGGAUCCUGAUGACACCAGGCAUCAAACAAGCUUUUCCACAGCCCAUGGUUAUCGUGACAUAUUUACCCGCCGCAGUUUGAAUCAUCAGGACCUGAAUGUUGGUGUUUUUGUGACUUUCUGCACAUUUGCCAUCACUCUUCUAAUGGUUUUUGGCGCUGUGAAGGGGAAACCAUCGUAUCUGAUGCCAUUUUUCUGUCUUCAGGUCUUUGACUUCUGUAUUGCUAGCCUGACAGCGGUGGGGUAUCUUUGUUAUCUGCCAGACAUCCAUCGUUUGGUUGCAGAAAAUCCUCACUUACCCUUCCAGGAAGAAUUGUUGCGGCUGAACCCUCAGUGUCUCUCACUUCUUGUUCUGUUUACGUUCAUGGCAGCAAUGAUGGUUAAGACCUACUUCAUUGGGGUAGUGUGGAGGUGCUACAAGUACCUGAGUCUCCGCAUGGUAGCAGCUCAGAGAACCAUUCAUUACAUCGACCCAGAUAACCAGUCGCUGCUUCCGGACCUGCCUGAUUAUGAAACUGCCGUUGGCGAUCCUCGUUUUGCCGCCAAGAAGUUCCCGACUCCCCCUCCUUCGUAUGCGAGCGCCACUGCGGCAGUCGUGGACGUCGCCGAGGAAUCCGCGGUUGUUGCCGUCCCACCUCAGGCCCAGCCCCAGCCACAGCCGCAGCCACAGACCGUUUCUGAACGUCCUGCCGCCUGAACCGCAAGAAUCACGCGCGGCCUGUAGGAUGUCACAUCGUUGUGCAGUAGGUGUGAUAAUUAUGUCUUACAGAAAAGUUAUUCAUUAUCUAUU